AUGGCUGCCUUCGUCGUCAUGAACGCAGGCGCCAAUCUAGGCGGGAGCAGGUGCCAAUUUGGGCGAGACCGCAAGCCGUCACAGCAGACCCUCUGCCACGCACGGCACUUGCAGUCAGAUGACCAAGGUCGCGAGCGCGGAUACGAAGUCUUUGCUCGUGGUCCAGUCGCCGAGAAACGCGGACAGGAGCACGAGCUCGUCCGGAGUCCCAGAGCGGGGAGGCAAUGCGAGCAGCAGGAGAUGGACAAGGUGCUCAGCAGCGGCGUCUAA